AUGGAUCAUACACGAGACCCCUGCCCCUUCGUCGUGUUCAAUGACUUUGGAGGGGCCUUUUCCAUGGGGGCAAUAGGAGGCGCGGUAUGGCACGGCGUGAAAGGCUUUCGAAAUUCCCCAUACGGCGAGCGGCGGAUCGGAGCCCUCUCAGCUAUCAAGGCUCGAGCACCUGUAUUAGGAGGAAAUUUUGGGGUUUGGGGUGGACUGUUUAGCUCCUUUGACUGUGCCGUUAAAGGAAUAAGGAAGAAGGAGGAUCCAUACAAUGCUAUUAUUGCAGGUUUUUUCACUGGAGGAGCACUGGCUAUUCGAGGAGGUGCAAAGGCAGCGAGAAAUUCUGCGAUUGGGUGCGCAUGUCUCCUUGCCGUGAUUGAAGGUGUAGGAAUUGGAUUCCAGAGAAUGAUGGCAGAAAAUACUAAGCUCGAAAUACCACAACCUCCCUCCGCUCCGCCAUCUGAGACCGGCAGUACCGGUUUCCCAGCAGUCGCAUAA